CCUCCGAACGUGCUCCUGGAGUCGGUAAAGAGCGACCGACGGCUCGUUAGCGAGGACGUACAUACUCUCUGUGAACUUGUCCGUCACUGAAAAACAAGGAAAUGUUCACGAGUAUUAACCGCAAAUAUCACCUGAGAGCAUGAAACGGCGAACUGAAUCCCAUAAUUAUGCUAAAUUCUCAUCUGAUCACCUCUCCUGACUUUGAGCUGCAUCUCCUGGUCCUCCAUUUCGUGAGCAGUUGGAUGUGAUCAAGGCGAACCACGGUAUAGAUUUACAGAUGUAGAGAGCGUUAGCCAAGUCACGUGACAAGCGGCGCUUCCGUAUUAUUGUUGUCUUGCAACCAUAAAAGAUUCCGAAAAGAAACACGACUCGCAGAAACGUUCCUCCUGUUGCUCAACUGGUUAUGUCAAACGUUCGACUUCGGUGCAUUUAAAAUUUCCAUAAAAUGAAAUAUCACGAACAAGACAAUGCUCUAUAUCUGUGAAAAUGGAAAGUGAUGACAGUGCUGAUGUCACAGACGAGAGUUUAUUGAAUUCUGCAACCACUUUGACCAACAAGCAGCGUGGAAAUGAGGUCACAGCUCGACCGGCUACAUUGGACUCUCUGUCCAUACACCAGCUUGCUGCUCAAGGUGAGGUUGCACAAGUGGCUGUUCACUUAAGUAAAGACCGUUCCCUGCUCAGCAAACAGGACGAGCGAGGGUUCACACCUCUCAUGUGGGCGGCAGCAUUUGGAGAAAAAGCUAUGGUGGAUUUUCUCUUGGAAAGGGGUGCAAAUCCCAAAACAAUGGCAAGAGAGCGAGAAAGUGCUCUGUCACUUGCCAGUUCUGGGGGCUACGUUGAUGUUGUUGAGACUCUUCUGAGACGCGGAGUGGAUGUCAAUGUUUACGACUGGAAUGGGGGGACCCCUCUUCUUUAUGCUGUGCGAGGAAACCAUGUCAGAUGUGUGGAGACCCUCUUAGCCAAAGGAGCCGAUAUGACAGUUGAGUCAGACUCUGGAUACAAUCCAAUGGCCUUAGCUGUUGCCCUUGGGCACAGAAAGAUUCAGCAAGUGUUGGAGGACCACAUUCUCAAACUCUACAAGCAAACAUGACAGUUCUUCAAGGAACUAGAUUUAAAAUAUUCAUCCAGAACAAUUUCUUUACAAAUCUGCAUUGUGUUUAUUUCAAUUAAACAACAAAUAAGAAAUGUGUAAGAAUUCUUUAGUUGUAAAAUAAUAUUUUUUAAUUGUCCAAAAGUUCUUGGCUCUGAAACAACAGCAUACCAUGAAAGACCACAUCACUCCUUGUUAUUGUGGAAAUCUUGACCCUCUCCACCACGAUCCGUCAUAAUCAUGGACCUGGAUACUGUUCUUGUCACACGAGUCACUUCCUCUCUCAUGAGAGGAUUUUAGAAAGUGGUCACAAGGCUUUUUCUCCCAGGAGAUCCAAGGAGUAAACAAUUAUUCUCCCAAAAAAGUCAGCGCUAUUCUCGAACAUUAUUUUUACUUUGUCGACAGAGGGGGCCUCCUGAAUGGGAAAGCUGUGGGUGUGGAGUUAAGUCAAGAUAAGUGCUGUUAUUCUCUCAAGCGAAAUGCCAUCGUGUUAAACAUGAUGGAAUAAGUCAACUGUCCUGAUAAUGUGUGACUGCUGUACAUUAGAAAUGGAAUGGUGUUAAAAAAUAAAAAUAAUUGAAAAUG